AUGGCUGAAAAAGAGGCAACCAUCUUUAUUCUCGAUCUGGGCUCGACUAUGGCCCAGACCCAUAGUGGGAGAUCCCAGUCGGAUUUGGACUGGAGCAUGCAGUAUGUAUGGGACAAGAUCACGGAUAUCGUCGCUGCAAACCGCAAAACGCUAUGUGUUGGCGUCGUGGGUCUUAGAACAGACGAGACCGAUAACAAGCUACAAGACGAUGAUGGAUAUGAGAAUAUCUCAGUGCUGCAGGAGAUGGGACCUAUGACUAUGUCAUCCUUAAGAGAUCUCCAAUCACUUGUGAAACCAAGCAACACAUGGGCUGGAGAUGCUGUUUCGGCCAUUGUUAUCGCUGUUGAUAUGAUGGACACCUUCACCAAGAAGCUCAAAUGGAAUCGAAAGAUCUUUCUGAUUACUGAUGGCCAGGGGCCAAUCGAUGCGGAUGAUCUGAGCGAUAUUUCUAAGAAGAUGAACGACUCGAAUAUCCAACUCACCAUCCUCGGCGUGGACUUUGAUGAUCCGGAUUAUGGCUUUAAGGAAGAAGAUAAGCCGGGCACAAAGGAGGAUAAUGAAAAGGCUUUGAGGUCACUUGUAAACGACUGCAAAGACGGCGUUUUCGCAAAUAUCGCCGAAGCUAUCGAUGAGCUUGACACCCCUCGAAUCAAAGGAGUCAAGCCGUACAAGACUUAUGACGGCCCUCUUACUCUUGGAGACCCCGAAACAUUCCCUGCUGCAAUGAGUAUCAACGUCGAAAGAUAUUUCAAGACACAUUUGGCACGCCCCUUGACAGCAAGCACAGUAGUUAUCAAGUCUGAAGGUGCACCAGAUGCUGAGCCUACCCAAGCAACUCAAGGUGAAGAGAUGGAGGGUGUCGAGUUCUCUGCAGUCAAACAAGCUCGUUCAUACAAGGUGAAUGAUCCAGAUGCUCCAGGAGGAAAGCGAGACGUCGAGUUCGAUGAUCUUGCUAAGGGCUACGAAUACGGCCGAACAGCAGUGCACAUCAGCGAGUCAGAGCACAACAUCACCAAGAUCGAUACACAAAAGAGCUUCUCGAUUGUCGGUUUCAUCCCGUGCGCAAAGUACGAGCCAUUUCUCAACCUUGGCGAGACUUGCGUGACGAUAGCAAGCAAGUUCGAUGCCAAAUCCGCCCUCGCCCUUUCAUCGCUCGUAUGGGCGCUCUCGGAGCUGGAGUCUUACGCCAUUGCCCGGAUUGUGACAAAAGAUGGCAAGGACCCGCUGUUGGUGCUACUGGCACCUGGCGUUGAACCAGACAUGGAGUGUCUCUACGACAUUCCACUGCCAUUUGCAGAAGACAUUCGAAGCUAUCAGUUCCCUCCUUUGGAUAGAGUGGUCACGGUUACUGGCCAAACCAUUACAAAGCACCGACUGUUACCUACGGAUGAAUUGAAUGAUGCUAUGAGCGAUUAUGUUGACGCAAUGGACUUAUCGGCAUAUGGUAUGGAUGAUGAAGGUGAACCGGCUGAAUAUGUGCCCAUUGAUGAUACGUUCAACCCUACGAUCCACCGAGUGAAUCAUGCAGUCAAAUCACGAGCAGUUUAUCCUGAAAAGCCAGUCCCAGAGACUCCUUCUAUAUUACUUCGGUUCGCACAGCCACCACAAGAUCUGAUUGAGAAGGUCCAGAGCAAAGCGGAUGCCCUCAUUGAAGCAGCGGAUGUCAAGAACGUACCACCAAAGGUCAAGGGCAAACGUGGCAGGGAAACUGUCAAGCCCAUUUCAGGCCUUGAUGUUGAUGCACUCUUGGGUGGAGAAGAGAAGGGCGAGAUCAGUCCCGACAAUGCAGUGCCAGAAUUCAAGCAGGUGCUUGCUGCCACAGAGGAGGUUUCAGAGAUCGAGGACGCAGCAAAGCAAAUGGGUACGAUUAUAACAACCUUUGUCACGGAAAGCUUUGGCGAUGACAAGUACCAACGCGCUCUGGAAUGUCUGGGCGUGAUGAGGGAAGAGCUUAUCAACCUCGAGGAGCCCGCAUUCUACAAUACCUUUAUGGAAGGCAUGAAGAAGAAGCUCCUUUCAGGGGAUAUGGGAGGUGACCGACGAGACUUCUGGUUCAAGGUGCGAUGGGGUCGUCUUGGUCUCAUUGACAAUAAGCAGUCUGAGGUGUCUGAUGUCACUCCAGAACAAGCUGAUGAGUUCUACAAGUCCAAAUAG